AAUUUACAAGUUAACUUAAAGUUUAAAUGUAAAUGGAUGACGAAGAUGAAAUUUUUAGUGGAGCAGAUAGUAAUAUUUCUGAUNAUGAGGAUUCAUUUCGCUUUGGAACUACUAAUAUUACUGACAGUGAGGACGAUUCAAUAAGUGAAGAGGAUUUUUUAUCAAGCAAAGAUUCUGAUUAUGACAAACAAUGUUCUUCUGCUGAAGAAAAUUUGAAUAAUUAUGACACUGUUUAUGAUAAACCAAUGUUUGUAGCCAACUGGAUUCAAAUGUGUAACCUUUCUCAUGAAUUUGAUUCUGGAAUUUUUCUUAUUGAUGGUGAUAGUUUGCUUUUAUCAGCAAUAUGUGAUGCUAACUUAAGUAAAACUCAUGGUGGGCAGACACUUCAUUGUGUUUAUCUUAUAGAACGGCAGCUGCAAACAUUUGUCAGGCGUAGGGGAAAAUUCCAUAUUGUUUUCUUUAGAGAUUCUCUUUUUGUAAAUGAACCACAAAAUCAACUAUUAAGAGAAGUUUUGAUUUUUCAUCUUAAAGAAGAAUUAAAUGUGACUAUUUUAGAUCAGUUUCAAAAUGCUUGGGAUCCUUCUUUUGAAGCAUGGGUUCAGAAUAUUAUUCCUAUCUUUUUUCUGAUGUUUGACGUUUUUAAAAAUUGUCAGUAUCUAAGUUUAUUUUUGCAAAUGGAAAAAGUUUUGGCUCUGCAAAUAAACAUAGCAUUUAUUAACGAUAUUGUUGUUGGAAUGUCAUCCUUAAAAGGAUAUCAUAUUUUAUCAAAAAAUGUACACAAAAAAAAAGCUAGAGAGGCCAUGGUACAGAAGAUAUAUAAUGCUUUUUAUGAGAAACAAAUCGGGUUUCAGGUCAUGUUACAGGUUGAUGUUUCAGAGUUUUAUGAUAUUCAAUCAGAAUUUGUUGCAGCAUAUGUGUUUAUGAAGAAAUAUUUAUUAUUUCAAAAUUAUGUAGACUUUGCCAAACUUGUUUUACUCUAUGUUUUAGUUAAAAAAAAUUUACCUUUGCAGAAGAGAGCAUUACCUAAAGUCAAACAUAAUGUUGACUUUGAGUCUUUGAUAACAGAAUUCCAGCAAAUACUGAGUAAAGUUGUUCAACAAAGAAGAGAGGCUGGCGCAAUGAAAAAAAAUGAAGUUAUUUGUGAUAUCUGGGAUGGUAACCUCUUUGCUACAUUUUGUAAUAUAUACUGUAAACAGUUAAAUCAAGGUGAACUUUUAUUUGACAGUGAUAUUUUAUUCAACUAUAAGAAUAUUAUUGAUAAGUUUGAUGAGAAGUGUGGCGGCAAAUUGAAGUCAACACUUCCUUGUGAUCUUGGAAUUAAACAUUCUUGUGAGAGAAUUAAUGAAUCAUUUUCUGCUUCAAAUAAUAAUCUUCUAUCUCUUCUACUCUCUCUUGAAAUAAUUUCAACUCCAGUUUCAAGGAGUUUUUUAAUUCAGAUUGUUCCAGUUGAUUGUAAGCUUGUUACAUUGUAUGCAGGUAACAUCUAUAAUCAAAUGGAGGUUUUGGAUAAAGAUGAUCCAUUCUUAGCUGAAUUGCUUCCAGAUUUUGAUGAAUUUGAGGAUAUAUAUCAUUGGCACUGCAAAAUUUUGAUUGAUGAAUUUGAAAUGUUCUCAGUGCAAGAAAAAAAGAAAAUGGAAUUAAAGAAAAAGGAAACUUUAAUAGAAAUAAAACAAGUGACUAAACAAAGCGAGUUGAAAAUGAAAAGACAAGAACAACAAAGAGAACAGCGAAAUUACAGUAAAUUUUUUAAGUACCUUCAAAUGUAUGGAGAAAGCUUAGGAAUUAAUGAGCAAACAUUAAUUGUUCUAGAAGACAAAAACAAAAAUAGCAAGCUAAAACAACAGCAUAGAAGUUCUAAUACAAAGGAGAUCAUUGGAAAAGCACAACUAAUUAUUGAACAGAAUAAGUUGAAAAAACUUGAAGAACAAAAAAAAAAGGAUAGUGAUCAGUGGAAAAAAGUUGCAGAUCAUAUUCUAGGCUUGGAUUAUUCUGAGGCUCUACAAUUUAUUCAAGAAAAUGAAAAAAGUUUUUGUACUGAUCAGUUUAAGAUCAAACUUGAAGUCAAAAAGCUAUCAAUAUUAAGAAAGUUGUUGCAUAAUGAAGAUUCAAACCAAAUAAAUCAUCAAGAUUCAAAUCAUAUAAAUUGCACUAUAAACCUUUUUUUAAUCAUUUCAAAACUUUUCAGCAAAUAUUGGAAUAUACUUUCAUUGAGUGAAAAAAGAGCAGUUGCAAAAGCUUUACAUGAAGCUGGAUUUUUUAAUCUCUUAAAAUUGCUCAGUUUAGAUUCUCUAAAGAAACCUCCUAAAGCAGAGUCACAAUGUCAUAUUGAAUUUCAGUUAAAGUAUUUGGGUCACUUUUUGUCAAGAACAGAACGCAAUGAUCCUGAUCCUAGAAUUUCUAACUUUAUUCCUGAUACCUGGCAGAGAAAAUUAUUUGAUGCUGUUGAUAAUAAUAAAUCUGCUUUAAUAAUUGCUCCAACUAGUUCAGGUAAAACAUAUGCAUCAUAUUACUGCAUGGAAAGAAUAUUGAGAAGUAGUAAUGAUGAUGUUGUAGUUUACGUUUCUCCAACAAAAGCGCUUGUCAAUCAGGUACAUGCCUAUGUAAAAAGUAAAUUUACAAAAAAUGAUUUGCCUGCUGGAAAGACAAUUUGUGGGGUAUUCACAAGAGAUUAUAGUCAUGAUGUGGAAAAUUGUCAAAUACUCGUUACUGUACCACAAUGUCUUGAAAUUCUUCUAUUAUCCAUCCAAACCUAUGCAUGGUCUCAAAAGAUAAAAUAUGUUAUCUUUGAUGAGAUUCACUGUAUUGGUGCUGAUGCUGAUGCUGAGACAUGGGAACAUUUAUUAUGUAUUAUCUCAUGCCCGUUUCUUGCACUUUCAGCAACAGUUGCAAACCCUGAAGUUCUUCAUAGUUGGCUUCAAGAUAUUCAAAACUUUCAAAAAGAGAAUAAAGUAAUAUUAGGCAGUAAAAGAGAUAAUUUGUCAUACGAAGUUGAAUUAGUUAUUGUGAAAAAUAGAUAUUCUGAUUUAGAAAACUAUGUCUUCAUUCCAGAGAGCUCAGAAGAUUAUCCAGUGUCAGGAAACCUUCAGAGCAUUCAUCCAAUUUGUACACUAAAAUUAUCAGCUGUCAUUGGAGAAGGAAUCCCAGAACAUAUUAGUUUAUCGCCAAGAGAAUGUUUAAAACUUUAUGAUGCAAUGAAAAAAAUCAAACCUGAUUUGGAAAAUUUAUCUCCAACUCAUUUUUUUGUCAAUAAAAAGUUUCUAACUAGGGAUGAAGUUAGGUUAUAUGAAAGUGAGUUAAAAAAAGAGUAUUUUAGCUGGAGCAAAAAAAGAGAACAUUUUGAAGGUGUUCAGCAAAUGUUACUUGAGUCAGAAACUAAAUUAAAAUCAACUAAAGUGCGCAAAAGAGAUUUAAAUUUAAACGAAGAUGAUUAUUUAAAAAGAACAUUCAUGAGUUUGAUUAAAACAUUGGAAAAAAAUUCCAUGCUACCUGUUAUUGUGUUUUGUUUGGAUCGAUUUUUGUGUCAUUCUUUGGUAAAAACAGUUGUUGCUUAUUGUGAACACAGAGAAAAAACUUUUAUAAGAAAGAAAAAUGAGAAUAAGCUAACUUCUUAUGAGAAGUCUGUAAUGAAAAAGUGUAAAGAUAAAGCUAGUGAAAAAGACAUUCCAAAAAAAAAAGAAUUCAAUAAUUUUUGGCUUGAUCAUGAUUUUGUUAAAGGAGCUUCAUUUGCUGGUAAAGGAAUAUUUAUGAAAGAAGAUUUAACUUACUUGUAUAAUAGAGUAGCUAAGGCUGCUCCAGUGGAGUUUAUGAAAGGAAUACGCUAUGGGGUUGCUAUGCACCAUGCUGGUAUGAAUAAUAAAUUAAGAACAACUGUUGAGAUAUUGUAUAGAAAAAAAUUUUUGAACAUUGUUGUUGCUACUUCAACACUUGCACUUGGUAUUCAUGUACCAUGUAAAACAGUUGUAAUUUCUGGCGAUAGUGUUUAUUUGGAUCCAUUGAUGUUUCGGCAAAUGUCUGGUCGUGCUGGCCGUAGAGGUUUUGAUAUAGUAGGAAAUGUUGUGUUUCAUGGAUUUUCUGCGGCAAAAGUAUCAAAUUUAGUUUCUGGAAAUUUACCUGAACUCUUAGGAAAUUUCCCUAUGACUGUGUCCUUAUGUUUGCGUCUGUUCAUUUGUGUUAAUGGUCAAGUUGACAAAAAAGCUAAUGAAAAUACUAUCAUGAGGAUGUUGGCGCUGUUAAAAUAUCCAUUAUUGUUAAAAGAAUAUCCUGAGCUAGAUAAUCAGUUCAAGCAUUUUUUUUUGUUUAGCGUUCAAUUUCUAAUUAGAGAGGGGUUGUUGAAAAGUGAUGGGACACCACUAGGCUUAGCAGGAUUAGCUUCACAUUUGUAUUAUCAUGAACCAUGCAAUUUUGUUUUUGUUUCUUUAUUAAAUUCUGGAAUCUUUCAUCAGUUUUGUUAUGAUGCCACCAGACUUAAAAAUGGUUUAUACACAGCUCAGUUUAUAGAGGAUCUCAUUGCAGUUUUAUGCUACUUUUUUACCAAUACUGAAGUUCAUCCAGCACUUGAGAAAAAGAAAAGAAGUACAAGUGUUCUUAUAUUAAAAAAGCUUCCUGAUAUAUUCAUCACGGAAAUCCAAAAGUAUAAUGAGCGAGUCAAAAAAGUCUACAACAUGUAUUUAAACUCUAUAUCAAAUUAUAUAAAUGUAACAUAUGGUGAAGAUGUUAAGCUUCCCUUGUCACAUAUCAAGUUCAAUUCUUUAAAUAAUUCUAAAGUUCCUGAAGAAAAUACGAUUGAAUCGUUGAUUUGGAAAUCAUCUUUCAACAAUAAAUGUUGCUCAAAUUUUGUUGGGACAUCAAGUCAUUCUGAUGAAAAUGUGUACAUUCCAUAUGAUCGCAUAUCAAAAGUACGAAAUCAGGUUUACACAGAUGUACAUGAAAUUCCAUUAAUGAAAAAUGGUUCUGAAAACAUAAAUUACAAGCUUAACAGCUACGCAUUAGAUUUCUACAAGCAUGGUAACCUUAAAGCAAUUCGUGAUGAAAAUGGAUUAAAAAGUGGAGAAGAAUUUGAUAAAAUUAAAGAUUUUAUGUUAACUUUAAAGUCAAUAGCGUGUUCAUUUGACUUAUACGCUCCAGAAGAUGAUUGUGUGCGUCAGGCAUUCCGACAGGUUGCAGAUGAAUUUGAGGAAAAGGUCAAGUCUGCAUUUGGUUUAUUUGGUUUUUGAACUGUUUUUUCUACAAAAAAAAAUUGUUGCUAUUAGUAAUAAUUUUAAUAUGUGUUACGAUAUUAAAACAAGAUAACUAAAAAAAAACUUUAUAACACUGCAAAACAAUUUUUAGGCUAAGACCGGAAAAAAUGACAAUGUUUGAAAAUCUUUAUUUUUUUUUUUUUAUUUUUGUAACUCAACAAUCAUAUUUUUUUAGUAUGUUAGUUAAAUCAUAUGGGUUUAUUAUCUGCAUGAAUUUUCAGCAAGUACAAAAAAGUUGUAAUGAAAACUAAAAUUUAAAAUAUAAAAAUUUGUUAUCUAGUCACAUGAUUGGGGCAAAAUAGGUAA